GAAACGUGCGGUUUCUCAAUUUCCACGCGGUGUCGUUCGACGUACCGCAAGAGAAUCGCUUAUCUCAAGACACACUUUGACAGGUAGCAAUUGUGAGAGAAGAAUCCACUCAAUGAUGGAUAAUCAAUUGAAAAAUGAUCGAGUCCGUAAGGUAUGUAAAAAACUUUUUCAAGAUGAUGAUGAUGAUAAUAACGAGCAACAAAAACACUGUGACAUUCGUGAAAGUAUAUUAGAAGAAAUGCGAAUACAAGCAGAACGGGAUGAGAAGAAGUGGAACUUUAAUUUCAUACACGAAAAGCCAUUGCCUGGGCGUUACGAGUGGGUAGGACCAAAUGAUGAAAUUCCUGAAGAAAAUGAAAUUUCUGACUUCAAGGAGACAAAUGAAAGGAUACAAAAUGAUCAGGAAGAAUAUGCGGAGGAGACAAAAAACAAUGCGGAAAAUAUAUAUAAUAAAUCGAAUGAAAACGAUGCAGAAAGAUCAAAUUAGAUUUGAUAUAUGAAAAGUCAUGAUGUUACUUGAUAAUAGACAGUAAGAAUAUGCAAUGUUGCUUGAAUUUUCCAAGCGUAGAAAAAAGAGACGUACGUAAAUUUGUAAUUAUACGCAGAUCAUUUUUCGUGAAUCUCAAAAAUUAUUUAUAAAUUUUUUCUAAAAAAUUUAGAAUAAUCAAAUUUUUAUACAACUAAGAAAAGUAAUGAGUGCAAAAUAGAGAAAUAAUAAAUUAUAUUUAAAAGAUAGUAAUUUAUAUGUAGAUAUUUAUAAUUAUAUUAACGAAUCAUUGAUCUAAUCGGUUUAAUUGAUCUUAGUUUUUAAUCAAAAGAGACAUGACAAACAUGUUUUUAUGAAACCAAAGUCAAAUUUUUAGUUAUAAUUAGCAUAAUUUAUCAAGAUGAAUUUGGAAAUAAGCGACCUGAAUUAUGUGUGAUUUGAUAUUAAAGUUACUUUUAUUUAUGUCACUUUUGUAACAUAUUAUUCGUUCAAUUCAGUAUUGAAAAGAAUGUGCAAUUAUACUCCAUCGGUAUCGAUAUUUUUUGUAAGAAAAUAUAUGAUCAUAUAUUUAAUAUCAUCAUAUAAUCAUGAUAUAAUCAUGAAACUAGAGAGAUAGGCAGAUAAAAAUAUAUACAUAAUAUAUUUAUAAAAUAA